AGCCCUUCUUCCGACAAUCAUUCACACAACUCUUAAAUCCUCUGUGAGAAAUGCAUUGAUAACAUCCCGUAAGAUAUCUCAGUCAACGAUGAAGAGAACUUGUACAGCCUUUGUGUUCCUCCUCCUCCAAACAUUGCUGUGUUUGGCUUCUUCAAAUGUUUCACCGUUUCAACUGACUAACAAGGCCACUGGUUUUUGUUUGCGCAAAACAUAUAACUACUGCAGUCCCAUAGUCUGGACAACUGGUGAUCGACUUCUGUUUCUACAAAACACAAAGUGCCUCGGAGUCCAGGGGAAAAGCGUGGGAAGUGAAGUAAGCCUCUAUGAUUGUGAUGAAAACAGUGAACUCCAAAAGUGGGAAUGCAGGAAUGAGACACUGCUCGCUCUCAAAGGCCAAGAGCUUUACAUUGAGCUCACUGCAGAUAACACAGCGGCCCUCUCCAGAACAACCGGACCCAAUAACCACCUAACAAUUUUAGGGUCGUCCAGCGGUGCAUGCUCGAGAACAUACAGAGAAUAUUACACCAUCGCAGGAAAUGCGAAUGGACGGACCUGUAUGUUUCCCUUCAAGUACAAAGACAUAUGGUUCAACGAGUGCACGACAUUUGAAUCCCCAGAAAGAAGUUGGUGUGCUGUUGAAACACAAUUUCAAAGAGAACUCUGGGGUUUCUGCCCAAGUAACUCCAAAAAAUACUGGCAAAAACACCCCAUAUCAGGAGCAUAUUACCAGUUCAACACACACUCCGCUCUGACUUGGUCCCAGGCUGAAACCAGCUGCAAACAGCAGGGUGCAUCCCUGCUCAGUAUCACAGAUCCUAACCAACAGGCUCACGUCACAGUACUGCUAAGAAGCAGGGGACAGGGGAACAAGCUUUGGACUGGGCUGAUCCAGGAUACAGAACAUGGCUGGCACUGGUCUAAUGGGAAGCCUUAUCGCUAUCUCAACUGGGACAAUGGACAUCCAUCUCCCGAUCUAGGACACAACUGUGCAAUUGUUGAUAGUGCUGUAGAUUACUCCUGGCAAAGUUCAACAUGCACAAAGAGGUUAGGGUACAUCUGCUACAGUGAAGGAGCUGUCGCUCCUCCAACUCAAGCUGUUGAGACAGGAUUUUGUUCAAGUCCUUGGAUUCCCUUCAAUGGCCACUGCUUCCUCCUCAAUCGGACUCGGAAAACAUGGCUUGAGGCUCAGAAAGUGUGCCGCAGAGAAGGAGGGGACCUAGUGAGCAUCCACAACUUGGAAGACCAAAGCUUUGUAAUCUCUCAACUUGGCUAUGCAUCCACUGAUGAGCUUUGGAUUGGACUGAAUGACAGAAAGACAGAGAAGCUGUUUGACUGGGCUGACCACUCUACUGUCAGCUUCACCAGCUGGGAAUUUGGGAGACCUUCUGUCUUCCCUGACCAAGGAGACUGUGUUCUUAUGAGGGGAGAGAAUGGAAACUGGGCUGAGCGUGCGUGUGACCAGACACAUGGCUUCAUUUGUAUGAUGACGAGUGCCUCUGAACCCACUGGCGAAGAGGUGGAGCAGAAUGCGGGCUGCAACAAUGGUUGGAAAAGGCAUGGUUCCUACUGCUACUUUGUAGGGACAGAGACAAAGACGUUUGAUGAAGCCAAAGCUGUCUGCGAGAGCUCAAGUUCCUACUUAGCUGAUGUUUCAAAUGGGGUGGAUAAUGCAUUCCUUGUGAGCUUGGUGGGGUUGAGAUCAGAAAAAUACUUCUGGCUAGGCCUCUCAAACCAGCAAAACACUGAUGAGUUUGUGUGGACCAACACAGACUCGGUGAGAUUUACCCACUGGAACACUGGAAUGCCAGGUCACCAGAAGGGCUGCGUUGCCAUGACAACUGGGAUUUUUGCUGGCCUCUGGGACGUGCUGCCCUGCACCAAUAAGGAGAAAUACAUCUGCAAACACCUGGCACAGGGGGCAGGGACAACCCCAGCACCAGUGACUGUUUCCCCUCCCAGAUGUGCAGAUGGCUGGACUCGGGUGAUAUCACGAAACUAUUGCUAUAAGUUGUAUUUAGAGUCAGAGCAGAAGAAGACCUGGUAUGAGGCCAGAGAUUACUGCAGAGCCAUCGGAGGAGACCUGCUCAGCAUCCACAGCACUGUCGAGCUACAAGUGGGAGAAAGAUUAGGGUAUGGAAGCAUCUGGAUUGGACUUAGUGCUCCUGAUCCUGUCACUGGUUACGUUUGGAGCGAUGGAUCCCCAGUAAACUACCAACACUGGGAGGAUGGAGAGCCAGACAUUAGAAAUAAUGUGGAUUCUUGUGCUCAAAUGCAAAUUAAAUACUGGGAUUACAGAAAUUUUUGGAGGAAUGAGCGGUGUGCUAAGUACAAUGGAUGGCUGUGCCAGAUCCGUACAGGAGUGACUCCAAAGCCACCCCCACCCCCCGUUACUCCUGAUUACAAUGAGACCUCAGAUGGGUGGCUAGUAUGGAAUGAGAAUCAGUAUUAUAUUAACAAAGAGGGGAUGGCCAUGGAAGAUGCUCGUCUCUUCUGCCAAAAGAGGCAUGGUGACUUGGUAACUAUCAACAGUAAAGCUGAAAGUGACUUUUUGUGGAAACGGAUACAGAUGUCAGAAAGUUAUGGGUCUUACUGGAUAGGCGUGACAGUAGACUUGGAUGGAACAUUUGAGUGGAUGGAUGGUUCUCAAGUGGUGUUUCAAUUUUGGGAUCAAGGUCAGCCUGAUUUUAAGAAUUAUGAUGAGAACUGUGCAGUCAUGACGCAUAAUGGUUUCUGGCACGAUUAUAAUUGUGGGUAUGAGCACUGGUCCAUUUGUAAACGCCGUAGCUCACCACCUGCCAACACCACUGUGGCACCCACAGUAGCUCCUCAGGGUGGCUGCCCACGCCCCUGGAAAAAAAUGUAUUCUAAGUGUUACAACAUCAUUACCAACCAGAAAGUAACAUGGGAUGAAGGGAGGAAACAAUGCCAAGACAUGGGUGGAAAUCUGGUCUCCAUUCCCUCAAGAUCUGUGGAAGUGUUUUUGACGACGCAAAUGGCUCACACACCUACUUCAGACCUUUGGAUUGGUUUCCGCAAAUUAAAAGGUCUUGAAUAUUAUUGGACUGAUGGGCAACCGAAACGAUAUGUCAACUUGGGUCUUGCAGACAUUCAUAGACUAAUAUUGCAUCGAGGAGACGUUAAUUGGCAUGCAGAAGUACAAAGAUAUUUCCAAUGGCUCCAUGAUGGACCAGAGAUAAAUUGUGCUGUGAUCAAUACCAGUCCUUCCUUUGGUAUUGGGAAAUGGAUACAAAAGUCCUGCAAUGAUACCAAUGGCUUCAUCUGUCAUCGAAAUGUUGACCCUCAUCUCCCAGACUCCCCUGAACCAACAACUACUGACUAUGUCAAAAUAUUAAAUGACUCGGUGAAGGUUGUUACUCAACAAAUGACCUGGGAUGAAGCCAAGAAGCACUGUGAACAUGAUGGCGCUAAACUCACUAACAUACGAAAUGAGUGGUUACAGGUCUAUGUUGAGCUGCUGGCCUUGAAUCUCAAUGCUCCCAUGUGGAUUGGACUGAACAAAGGGCAGACCGAUGGGUAUUUCAGAUAUAUCGACGGCUGGCACAUGACAUUUUCUCGAUGGGAUAACAAUGAACCAAUGAGGGAGAGACCUUGUGUCUACGUAGAUGUGGAUGGAAAAUGGAAGACCGCAUACUGUAACCAGACCAUGAACAGUGUUUGCAUGAAGUCUACCGACAUGCCACCAAGAGAGUUAACCGAUUACCCGGGAGUUUGCCCUGAAGACCCAGAUACAUUUGGGACAGGCAAGAAAUACUUCUGGCUACCAUUUAAAGGUUACUGUUACAUAUUUUUCACAGAAGUAAAAGAGUGGGCACCUGCAUCUGCUAGCUGUUCAAGACAUGGUGGAUCACUAGUCAGCAUUGAAGAUCCCUCUGAGCAAGAAUUCAUUCAAAACAAUGCAAGAGACUUUCAAGACAGCCACACCUCCUUCUGGACUGGCCUGUAUAAAACUCACAAAGGGGAGUGGUUGUGGGUAGACAGAACAGUCAUGGACUACACAAACUGGGGUGAAGGACAACCUAAUGAACAUUCCCACGCAGUGAUUAGCACUUUAAAUGGGACAUGGAAGGGCGACCAUGAACGGAAUGGAAGAGCGUACAUCUGCAAAACACCCAAAGUAUUACCACCAACGCCAUUACCAACAAAACCACCUGUACUCUUCAUUCAUCACCGUGGCCACAUCCCUUUGGUAGUUGUGGGGGUCAUUACUGUGAUUGCCAUUGGUGCGGUCAUCGCCUUGUUCAUCUUUAAGAAGAAGGGUCAUCGCUUACCUGUCCUUGACAAGUUAACCACCUUUGACAACCCGCUCUUCUUCAAUAACGAGCAGUUGGAACCUGGUGUGAUUGACACCAACAAACUGGUAGAGAAUGCAGAGGAAGAAAACCCCGAGCCUCUUUUAACUGUGUAAAAAUUAAAAUGCUGUGUAUUUCAAUAUUAGCUGUGUGAAACCAAGAGUUGUAAUGUCUAAUAUAUGUGAACAAAAUAAUAGCAGAUGAUAAAUAUAACAGAUGAUUAGCAAUACUGCAUUUCAUCCUUCUUGAAGUUACAUGAGCUUUAUCCAUUCUUCUGAUGGCUUCUAGUGUAUGCCUUAAUAUAAGUUUAGAAUAAUUUUAUAGAGAAAGAGCAAACAGUUUUAGUUAAUUAUGUUUUCCCUCCAGUAUCUUUCAAUUUUGAAUGGCUCGGAAGACCUCUGGUUUUAAACAAAUUUAGCCUGGUUUGUAGAUGGUAAUAUUUAGGUAUUAAAGGUAUUUUUCUUAUUGUCAACAUAUCCCAUGAAAAGAUCCAAACCAACAAUGGCUGAACUCUUAGUACUUUCCAACGUCCCUACCAUGUCUGUGGCACUCAGCGCCACGCCCAUUUGUUUUCUACUGAUGACAGGAUUAAAAAAAAAAAAAACAGUUCACAAAUAAA